AGACCAGGAAGUAGCCUCUGCCCUCCCCACUCCUGAGACAUUUCCUCCAGAUGAAAUCACAUCCCCAGCAGGGGAACAGGCCCUUAUUGUGAUGGGCCGGGGUCUCUAGAGAAAGGGCACCAUUCAGGCCCUUAAAAAUAGCAGCCCCAAGAGAUGUAUGAAUUGACUUGGAGAGUGGUGCGGCCCACCCCCAAGCCCCAUGCAGCACAGGCCCUGCCACCCCCACCCCAGACCUUGACUUGUUGGUGACCAGCUGGACAUUCCACCAGCCCAGCGGGGAGGGGUGGCUGGUCCAGCAAAGGGUUCCCUGCACUCCCUCCGCCUUGCCCGCCCCAGCUCAGACAGUUAGGGCCUCUGCAGACCUUGUCUCAUGCGAUUCUUACUAGGACUUUUGGAGGUAGGGAUAAUCGACAUUUUACAAAUUGACAUUUUACAGUUGAGGAAACUGAGGCAUAACUAAUAAGUCACGCAGUGGGUAUGUGGUAGAGCCCGGGUUCAAAACCAGCGAGCCUGGCUCUUGCGUCCCAGCCCCUGUGCCUCGGAUUCUAUGGUGGUGGGCCAGCCACGGGUGCAGGCCUGUCACUGGGUACCCAGCAGGGUUGGCCCCAUGAGCCCUGCCUCAUGCUCUAGGUAGGCACUGGCAUUGACCAUGGCAGUUAGCCUAAGGCUGGUCACGCUGAGGUGGGGGCAGUGGUUACCACUGGUCAUAUCCCUGCAGCGUCUUGACAGUCCUACAGCUACCUCUGCAGGGCCCAGUGCCAGGUUCGGCUCACUCCUUCCAGCCUGAGAGCUGGGGCGAGCGGGCAUGGUUCGGGCAGAGGAGGGGAGUGCAGAGUGAGUGUGAGCAUGUUGGGUGGAUGGUGUGUGAUCUCGAGGAGUGUUAGCUGUCCUGGGCUCCAUGGAGCCAAGGGUGGGAGUGAGAGGAGGGGCCUCCCAGGGUGACUGAGAGGGGCCAUCCAUGGGGUGGACCUGAGAAGGAGAUAUUCUGGGCUGCUGGCAGGGGCAGGCCUGGGGGCAGGCUGGGUAGAGCCAGACCCUAGCCCUCCAGCUAGCCCCUUUGGGACAGCACUGCCCCCUUCUCCACCGGUCUGGCCAGAUCAGAGCAGGAUGCAGAGCCACAGCACCUGCAGGGGCGUGCUGCUCCCCCAUCUCUAGAUUCAUUCCAUUCCAUUCCAUUCAUGUGAGGGGCUCCUGGGAGCCCCGACAGCCUCCUGAGCCCGACCCGGCACUGCGCCUCACCCUCUGAGCCACCUGGAGGUGGGGAGGAGGCGGCAAGACCAGCUGUUGGCAGCUCUGUUCUGCCCCAGCCCAACUGCCACCCGUGGUGCUCUGGCCCCCUCCUGUCCUAUCAUGUCCAACCCUAAUCUGAAGCUGGUGCUGUCAGCCACAUGUCACAGGCACUGCUGAAGCCCCGGCCCCCUGCAGUCCACAGACCACCCCCCUUCCAAGCCCAGCCACCCCACCACCACGCUCCCUCACUCUCCACCCUUCUCCCUGCUUCCCAGAAGCUGAGCUCCGACUCCUCCUUGGAGAGAGAGUGGGAUGAUGUCACUUCCUGAGGGUGGGGGGAGGAGUAGGCACGACCCCGGCAGGCUAGCCCGCCAGCCCGCGCCAGGCCACAGCUCGCCAAGUGACUGCACCGGGGAUAGGGAGGCGGGCCGGGCGGACAUGCGGGCUGGCCACCCGGCCCCACGCCCUCUCGCCCACCCUGAGGGCUAUGUCCACUGGCCAAGGGAGACUUGGCUGCUUUCUCCCCGAAUGAUGCCGGGCUCCUCGGACACACAUUUUUCCCGGAGCCGCCACUGGGGAGAGGAGGAUCUGCCGCCUGCCCCGGACCAGGUGCCAUGAGGUGAGCACCAGGUCCGCUGAGCCUCUGCAGAGCCGCCAGCCAUGCCCGGGAUCGUGGUGUUCCGGCGGCGUUGGUCUGUGGGCAGCGAUGACCUCGUCCUACCGGCCAUCUUCCUCUUCCUCCUGCAUACCACCUGGUUUGUGAUCCUGUCCGUGGUGCUCUUCGGCCUGGUCUAUAACCCGCACGAGGCCUGCUCCCUGAACCUGGUGGACCACGGCCGCGGCUACCUGGGCAUCCUGCUGAGCUGCAUGAUUGCUGAGAUGGCCAUCAUCUGGCUGAGCAUGCGCGGGGGCAUCCUCUACACGGAGCCCCGCGACUCCAUGCAGUACGUGCUCUACGUGCGCCUGGCCAUCCUGGUGAUCGAGUUCAUCUAUGCCAUCGUGGGCAUUGUCUGGCUCACUCAGUACUACACCUCCUGCAACGACCUCACUGCCAAGAAUGUCACCCUCGGAAUGGUUGUCUGCAACUGGGUAGUCAUCCUCAGCGUGUGCAUCACUGUCCUGUGCGUCUUUGACCCCACGGGCCGCACCUUUGUCAAGCUGAGAGCCACCAAGAGGAGGCAGCGUAACCUGCGGACCUACAACCUGCGGCACCGCUUAGAGGAGGGUCAAGCCACCAGCUGGUCGCGCCGGCUCAAAGUGUUCCUCUGCUGCACGAGGACGAAGGACUCCCAGUCAGAUGCCUACUCAGAAAUUGCCUACCUCUUUGCGGAGUUCUUCCGGGACCUUGACAUUGUGCCGUCCGACAUCAUUGCUGGCCUGGUGCUGCUCCGGCAGCGGCAGCGGGCCAAGCGCAAUGCCGUGCUGGACGAGGCAAACAAUGACAUCUUGGCCUUCCUGUCUGGGAUGCCGGUGACCAGAAACACCAAGUACCUCGACCUCAAGAAUUCGCAAGAGAUGCUCCGCUACAAAGAGGUCUGCUACUACAUGCUCUUUGCCCUGGCUGCCUAUGGGUGGCCCAUGUACCUGAUGCGGAAGCCCGCCUGCGGCCUCUGCCAGCUGGCUCGGUCUUGCUCGUGUUGCCUGUGUCCUGCGAGGCCGCGGUUCGCCCCUGGAGUCACCAUCGAGGAAGACAACUGCUGUGGCUGUAACGCCAUUGCCAUCCGGCGCCACUUCCUGGAUGAGAACAUGACUGCGGUGGACAUCGUCUAUACCUCCUGCCACGAUGCGGUCUACGAAACGCCCUUCUACGUGGCGGUGGACCAUGACAAGAAGAAGGUGGUGAUCAGUAUCCGGGGGACCCUGUCCCCCAAGGAUGCCCUGACUGACCUGACGGGUGACGCUGAGCGCCUCCCCGUGGAGGGGCACCACGGCACCUGGCUAGGCCACAAGGGAAUGGUCCUCUCAGCUGAGUACAUCAAGAAGAAACUGGAGCAGGAGAUGGUCCUCUCCCAGGCCUUUGGGCGAGACCUGGGCCGCGGAACCAAACACUACGGCCUGAUUGUGGUGGGCCACUCCCUGGGUGCGGGCACCGCUGCCAUCCUCUCCUUCCUUCUGCGCCCACAGUACCCAACCCUCAAGUGCUUUGCCUACUCCCCACCAGGGGGCCUGCUGAGUGAGGAUGCGAUGGAGUAUUCCAAGGAGUUCGUGACUGCUGUGGUUCUGGGCAAAGACCUCGUCCCCAGGAUUGGCCUCUCCCAGCUGGAAGGCUUCCGCAGACAGCUCCUGGACGUCCUGCAGCGAAGCACCAAGCCCAAAUGGCGGAUCAUCGUGGGGGCCACCAAAUGCAUCCCCAAGUCGGAACUGCCCGAGGAGGUAGAGGUGACCACCCUGGCCAGCACGCGGCUCUGGACCCACCCCAGCGAUCUAACUAUCGCCCUCUCAGCCAGCACUCCACUCUACCCGCCUGGCCGCAUCAUCCACGUGGUCCACAACCACCCUGCGGAGCAGUGCUGCUGCUGUGAGCAGGAGGAGCCCACGUACUUCGCCAUCUGGGGCGACAACAAGGCCUUCAAUGAGGUGAUCAUCUCGCCAGCCAUGCUGCAUGAGCACCUGCCCUAUGUGGUCAUGGAGGGGCUCAACAAGGUGCUGGAGAACUACAAUAAGGGGAAGACCGCUCUGCUUUCUGCUGCCAAGGUCAUGGUGAGCCCUACCGAGGUAGACCUAACUCCUGAGCUCAUCUUCCAGCAGCAGCCACUCCCCACGGGGCCACCCAUGCCCGCUGGCCUCGCCCUGGAGCUGCCAACUGCAGACCACCGCAACAGCAGCGUCAGGAGCAAGUCCCAGUCUGAGAUGAGCCUGGAGGGCUUCUCAGAGGGACGGCUGCUGUCGCCGGUGGUUGCGGCAGCGGCAGCCCGCCAGGACCCAGUGGAGCUGCUGCUGCUGUCCACCCAGGAGCGGCUGGCAGCAGAGCUCCAGGCCCGGCGGGCACCACUGGCCACCAUGGAGAGCCUCUCGGACACUGAGUCCCUGUACAGCUUCGACUCGCGCCGCUCCUCGGGCUUCCGCAGCAUCCGCGGCUCGCCCAGCCUCCACGCUGUGCUGGAGCGUGAUGAAGGCCACCUCUUCUACAUUGACCCUGCCAUCCCUGAGGAAAACCCAUCCCUGAGCUCGCGCACCGAGCUGCUGGCGGCUGACAGCCUGUCCAAGCACUCGCAGGACACGCAGCCCCUGGAGGCGGCCCUGGGCAGCGGGGGCGUCACUCCUGAGCGGCCCCCCAGUGCCUCGGCCAAUGACGAGGAGGAAGAGGUUGGGGGUGGGGGUGGCGGACUGGCCUCCCGCGGGGAGCUGACGCUGCACAACGGGCGCCUGGGGGACUCGCCCAGUCCUCAGGUGCUGGAAUUCGCCGAGUUUAUCGACAGCCUCUUCAACCUGGACAGCAAGAGCAGCUCCUUCCAGGACCUCUACUGCAUGGUGGUGCCUGAGAGUCCCACCAGCGACUAUGCCGAGGGCCCCAAGUCCCCCAGCCAGCAAGAGAUCCUGCUCCGUGCCCAGUUUGAGCCCAACUUGGUGCCCAAGCCCCCACGGCUCUUUGCCGGCUCGGCCGACCCCUCCUCGGGCAUCUCGCUCUCGCCCUCCUUCCCGCUCAGCUCCUCGGGUGAGCUCAUGGACCUGACGCCCACGGGCCUCAGUAGCCAGGAAUGCCUGGCAGCUGACAAGAUCCGGACUUCUACCCCCACUGGCCACGGAGCCAGCCCCGCCAAGCAAGAUGAGCUGGUCAUCUCAGCACGCUAGCACCCUUGUUGUGCGGCCAGCCGGGCCCAGGCAGGAGCAGGUGGCCCCGUGGGCACCUGGUGCCUGUCCCCUGCCAGGCAGCUUUGAGGACAGACCCCGCAGGGGCAGUUUAGCUUCAGGCACAGGCAUCGCUGCUGAGCUGGGGGUCCGCAUCCCUACCUCAGCUUAGGACCCCCAGAGCCAAGGUGGCUGGGAUCUGGCCCCGCAGAUGGGGAAAGAUGGGAAAGGGUGUGGAGUGGGGAGGAGCCUGGGCAGCCUGCUGGGUGGGCCACACUCAGCCUGACUGGCCUCCAUGGGGGCAUUCUGGCACCCCCUGCUCCAGGACAGGCCAUGGGCAAGCUGCCUCCCAUCACUGCCUGCUGGCUGCUCUCCCAGGGGCCGGGGGGAGAGCAGUGUCCCGCACACAUGUAUUCUCAUCUGUGGUCCAGGCUGGCAUCUGCCCUGGCCACCCCCCAGAUCUGGUGCCUGCUGGCCAGCCCCCUGGGGUGCCCCUGCCAAGGUGGCCUGCAGUGCUGUACAUGUUUACAGAAGCUGCUGGGCUUGGCUCAGGACGUGUUCUGGGCUUGCAAGCCCCCUGCCCACUCGUAUUCAGUAGCCCUCCUCCGCGCAGGGCCCAAGGCAGCCAGGGGCCUGGAGGGGCCAGAGGAGGGUGGGGUCAGGGCCGCCCCUUCUCUGCCUUGUGCCUCUCAUGCUGCCUCCUCUGCUCAUGGGUCCUGGGCACCCAGGCCUGCCCUGCCUGCUGGCUGCUUCCUGGCUUACCUUCUACCCCCAAGGAUCCUGGCCACCCAAAGGGUGGUGGGCACUGCUGUGACCACCCCAGCUGCAGAGUCAGUGCCCUGGGCAGAAGGAAGGCACUGAGAGCUCCCUUCCUCUGAGGGCCCCACCUGACCCCUUGGUGUCAUCCCCACCAUGCCUAGGCAGCUCUGGGCCCGGGGAUCUGGAACCAUCACACACUGGUCCCCCUCUGCUUUCCCUCCUCGCUGGCCUGGGCACCCUCUUGGGAGCAGGCCUUCCUUCCUCCCACCCUCAAUGUCAUGUUGUUAGGAGGUGGGGCCAAGAGUGGGGUAUGGUGGGCGUUGGCUGGAGACCUCUGUCUACUGCCCAGGGAGGGGCCUAGGGCUGGGAGCAGUCCUGGUUUAGCCUGAGGUCCCCAUAGGGGUUCCUUCCCUGCUGGGUUUGGGAAGCAGUUAGGGAGGUAGCGACCCGGUGUUUCCCCAGAAGCGGGGUGGGAGGGUGUGCAUGCUAGUGUCAGCGCGUGUGCAUGUGCAUGAGUGUGCACCGUUCCUGAGGAAGGGGCUGCUGGGGCCGCCCACCCUACCUGCCCUGCCUGCCUGCUGUCCCUCCCAGCCUGCCAAGGAAAUGGUCAGGGAGCAUGAUGGGGCCUUCGAGGCAGGGCUGCAGGAACAAGCUCGGCUUUAGACACCAUCUGUUCCUAUCGCGCCUGCUGCUCUGACCCCUGGUUUGGAAAACUGGUGUGUACCGAGGCGCUGACUGCACGGCUGACCGCCUGCUCGUGCCUUCAUUCUGCGGUGGCAUGGUCCCUCCCACUCUGGCCCCGCCCGCAGCCUCCCUGAGUGGCCUAGGCUCCCCUGGCGAAGAGCCCCCCAUCUCAUGAUCACUGGUACCUGGGGGCCUGAAUCCUGGCCCCCGGCUCCCCACACAGCUGGGACUGGCCCGGAUGGCUGUCCUGGGAACCCCUGCCCACCCUAACAGAGGGAGCUGGGCCUCCCCUCAUCCUGUGUAACUCCCACCUUCACCAGACUCAAGGACACCCUGGCCCUGCUGAGGCAUAGCUUCAGCCCAGCACAGAAACAAGACAAAAUCAGUGGCUCUUGAGAGUUUAGCAAACAAGAUAGACUCUCAGAGGAAAGAUCUGACAAGUACCCCGGCCAGUCACAGGGAGAGACUUGAUGUCUGGUCUUUUAAUUCCUCCUCUGCCAGGGUGGGUCCUGGGACCUCUAAUGUGGGCAUGUCGCCCACCCCAGGACUGAGCCAUCAGGGACAGACCCCCCACCCCCAAGGCUGCAGCCACACCUUCAGGCUUGGGGCUGGGGCAGGCUUGGGCUUAGUCCUGGGCACCCAGGGGCAGCCCACCCCUAAUCUGCCUCCUACCCACCUUGCCCCUGAAGGAUGGGCCUGCUGCACGUCUCCCUCCUCCACCCCAUACCACACUGGGGGAUCUGAGCCACCCCCCUCAGCCCGGUUCGGCUCAGACCGACCCCCACUCCAUCCCCAGACCUGCAGCACAAGUAUGCGGGCCUGUCCACCCAGGGGCCUAGGCGACUCCAUAUGCAAUCAGUAGCGAGCAGCCAGGCCCCACAGACCCUCACGCACUUUACGUGCCAUUCUCCCCAGACUUUUUUUGUACUUAAUGUAUGAAAGAUCCAAACUAAUAUUGCUGUAAAAAGAAGAGAAAUUAAUAUAGCUUAUUCUAUAAAUAUAUCUGUAUAUAAAGGUUUCUGUAUAUUGUAUAGAGCUGUGUAUAAACCGGAUGUAGAAGC